GUCAUCAUGGGAUUGGGAACUAAAGUCUAAACUCCCGAAGCAUUAUCCACAACUUCUUUUUAUGUCAAAACUGUAGUUGUUGCAAUUUAUAUGUCACAGUCUAAUGGCCUCUAAUCUACUCAGAUUUCCCCUUCAGAGAACUACCAAUUUUUCAAAUCUCUCACCUUCAUUACCUCCUCUUCCAAAAACUCUCUUCCCAUCUCUUCAAUUCCCAUUUCAUCAACAAAAAAUACAACUCAAUUUUUCAUUCUCCCAUCAAAAUCUCAUUCACAAAUCACACAUCCCUUCUCUAUCCAUACAUUCCGCUGUUUCACCAAAUUCUUACAACCCACCCACCACAAAAGAAGAAGCAAUCCUUCAAGCCAAAACAUGUCUUUCAAUAACUUUAGAAAAACCUCUCAACAAUCCAAGACUUUCAGCUGGAAAGCUCAAGAAACAAAAACAACCCAAACUCCGAGUCGAAAUCCCCGUUUCAAACGAUUCCGAUGAGUCACUCACUCAACUUGCUUUUGACAUCUUUCAAGACUUACCUGUUAGAAGAAAAGAUUCACCUAUCAGUCUAUUACUCCUUUGGCCAAAUCCCACUUUAACAGAUUUGGCUGGUACAACCUUUCUGAAAUCUCAAUCGUCAAAUCAAACCGUUCAAAACAUAGAUAUUUCUUCAGUUAGUAAUACUGAUUCGUAUAACAAAGUUUUGAAUUCAGCUGACGUGACAGUGUUUUUGGCGCCAGAUAAAACAGAAUUAGAACUUAUAAAGAGAAUCAGUGACGGCGUUUAUCCAAAACCUGUGGUGAUUUUUAAUCCAAAAUGGGGGUUUGAAGAAGAAAGUGGUUUUGGCGAGUUAAGUGGCUUUGUGGGUUCGUUUGAAGUAGUUUAUUCAUUUAUGGGUAUAGAAGUAAGAGGAUUAUUGAGUAAGAAAAAAGCUGUGGUUUUUCGGAAUGCAAAGGAUGGGGUUUUGAGUGGUGAUAAAUGGCUUGUUUUGGUUGAAGAAGAGGAAGAAGAAGGAAAGUUGAAAGUUGUUACCAAGUACAAGAAAAGACCCACAAUUGGUGAAAUUGAAAAUGUGUUGUACAAUUUGAUGGCUGUUAAUUCGCCGGUUACGAAAUCAGUGAAGUUUUUCAGAGAUUUGGUUUCAAAUGUAAGGGGGAAAAAGUGAGGACUUGAACAAUAAAGAACUAACUGAGGUGCGCAUCCUUAAUGUACACAUGGCACGUGAGUGUUUAUCAUCACUAGUUGAGUAGUUUUGGCAGUUUCCGAGUUGAACAUUUUGUUUUGUUGAAAUUUUUACUCACUGAAGAAAAUUUGCAAUUUUUAAUUAUGGGCGAAUCAUAAGUAUUUUUUGCCUGGCGUCAUUAGGGGCGACCCGGAAAGAAUUAGGGGCGAUUGAAUAAGACAAAAUAUGUUGAAAAUA